ACAUAUAUGUUCCUCCCCAAGAUGAAACUUUAUAAAUUGGGUUACCGUACUAUAGAGAAAUUAAAAUUCAGAAUUCUCUUGGCCUAAAAAGCUAGCUUCCUAGUAGCCUAGUUAUUAUUGAAAAUGAAGAAAUACAGUUCUACAAUUUGCCUACUUCUCAUUCUUUUAGCAAUGAAUAUAAUUGUCACGCAUGGUAACCCAAGAAAAAUAAAACCAAACAAACCAUGCAAGCAUUUGACAGUAUACUAUCACGACAUAAUAUUCAGCGGGAAUAACGCUGCCAACGCUACCUCGGCGGCUGCAACGAAUCCGGCCAACGUAAGCGCCACUAAUUUCGGGAUGCUGGUGGUUUUCGACGAUCCGAUCACGAAAGACGAGCGUCUUAUGUCUCCACCGGUUGCCCGAGCACAAGGGUUUUAUUUCUACGACAUGAAGACGAGGUACAAUGCUUGGUUUGCUUAUACUUUGGUGUUUAACUCGACGGAGCACAAGGGGACUAUUAAUAUUAUGGGGGCCGAUAUGAUGGCGGAGACCACCAGGGACUUGUCGGUGGUUGGUGGCACCGGCGACUUUUUCAUGGCGAGAGGAAUUGCUACGUUUCGGACAAUGGAAGUGGAAGGUGCUGCUUAUUUCCGUCUUCAGAUGGACAUUAAGUUGUAUGAAUGUUACUAGAUCGAGGAUUAAUGAUUAAUGAUUGUUACUUUAAUUAAUGAUUCAUGAUGAAUUAAGGAGGGAUACCAAGGAGAUAUUAAUUCGCGAGAUCUAAGAGCAAAAGAUAUUGAUAAUAAAAUAAGUUACUUUAAUUGAGAGGAUUAGUCAUUAUUAUUAUUGUUGCGGUAGAUGUAUACCAUGAAAUUUAUGAGAAAAAAU